AUGAAAAGAAAAACGGUUACAAAACACGAGCGGAUGUCAUCUUCUGACGAAGGUUUAUUUGAAAUCGAGAGAUUUAAGAAAUGUUCAAAAACAUUUUUGAUUAAGAAUACUUUAAAUUUUAUAGACUACACGCUUUUUUUUAACCAUGUUAGAGAUAAAUUAAUUUUAAAGUUAAAAGAAUCAUGUUUACAAUCAUCUAUAAAAUUUAAUUUACAUGUGGAUAGCGUAUACGAAAGAAUACUCACUCAAGAAGUUCGGGACAUAGCUUUCAAAACUUCUAAUACACUUGCAUGUAAUUCAUCCAAUUUCAAUAAAUUACUAAAUGGAAUGUUCAAUAAAUUAUUAUCUGAACAAGACCAGUUUUUAGCGAAAGGAUCUGGGUGGUCCCUUAAAACUAUAGAUGUAUUACAAUUGAGAAUUAAUACAGUGAAUCCUCUCAGAGGAGGAACGUAUCUAGAUCUACCUGAAUAUAUAAAAGAUAAAAGAGCAAUUAUAAAUGUAAAAAAUAACGAUGCUAAAUGUUUUAAAUAUUCAAUACUAUCUAAGUUUGAUAAUCGAUCGAAUAAAACUUAUUUGAAUAAGAAAUAUUUUAAAAUGUUAGAAACAAAAAGUGGUUUAGAUUUUAAAUGUAUUGAUUUUCCAACACCAAUCAGUCAGAUGAAAAAAUUUGAACGUACAAACGAUGUAUCAAUUAAUAUUUAUAGUUUAAAUGAUAAAAAACAUAUUUUUCCUUUGUAUAUUUGUAAUACUGAAAGAAAAAAACAUUUCGAUCUUUUUCUGUUCAAUAAUGAUGAAACAUCACAUUACUGUUAUAUAAAAAAUUUUUCAAGAUUCGUUAGAAGUCAGAAAACUAAAAAUUGUACUAAGCUAAUUAUAUGUAAAAGAUGUUUUACUACUUUUGGGAACAAACCGUGUAAAAGCAAACUUUGGGGUAUGAAAGGAUUGAUUGAACAUCAACAUAAUUGUAGAAAGAACCAAUUAGGGAAACCUAUAAUGUUUGAAGAGUGA